AUGAAAAAUAAAUUGGGAGGAGAAUUUAUUGCGAGUCAGAAAGUUAGCGACGAUUUGCCGAUGAACGUGGCGGUCCAGCAGCGAGGAUCCAAAACCAAUACCCGACGAGAGUCGAUCACUCCAAUAAUUGUAGUUUGCCCACCUGUAGAAGAUAUGUCUGAACGAAUAACAGCACCGCGUAGUGGACGAAUGCUGAAAGCAUUGAGUGGAAGGUUUUCAAGACGCAGUACAGACGCUGAUUCCCUUGGAAGCUCCAGCAGCAAUGACAGUGUUUCUUUUGAUCAAAGUCGAUCGGAUGAACAUUCUUCUAGCUCUGCGAGUGAGUCCAGUAGCGAUAAUUCAGAACAUCAUCGUCGCCAUCGCUCUACAGUGUCUCUACGACGAUUACUCAAAAGUUUAAAUCUAACAGCUCGUUCCCAGUCAUGUUCGUCUACGGAAACUUCUCGCCAACCGAAAAAGCAAUCACAGCCAAAACGCAUUCUACGUCCUCCGAUCACAUAUACUUAUGUUCGUGGUCUCUCCGGUCUUCCGACUCAAAGGGUACCACGACACGUGGUGUGCUGUUCUCCCCUAGGCCUCAAUCGAUAG